ACUGUAAAAGCUAACCUACUAAGACUUUGAUUGGACUCGGCAGCGAAACUGGAAUUCCAAUUGGUCGGCGUCAGUGGCAGUUAUUCUUGAUUAGAUUCAAUAUACCUAGCACGGUUGUGUGUAUUUAUGUUUAUGGUCAGUUAAAUUCGUUGCUGUGUGAGUCUGCUUCACAAACCUGCAGUGUAAAGUGACACAAUAAUUUUUUUGGAAAAAAACUUGUAAUGGCUACUAGCUACAGAAAACCUGCCUUUGGGCCUAACCAGCGGAGAAAACCAGGUACAGGUAAUAAACCCGAGCUGGCUGAAGAGCAAAAGCAAGAAAUCAGAGAAGCUUUUGACUUGUUUGAUACAGAUGGGUCUGGCACCAUUGAUGUUAAAGAAUUGAAGGUUGCCAUGCGUGCAUUAGGGUUUGAACCGAAAAAAGAAGAAAUAAAGAAGAUGAUUGCUGAUGUUGAUAAGGAAGGAUCCGGAACAAUUGAUUUUAAUGACUUUUUAUCUAUGAUGACACAGAAAAUGAGUGAAAAGGACACCAAGGAAGAAAUUUUAAAAGCCUUUAGAUUGUUUGAUGAUGAUGGAACUGGCAAAAUAUCUUUCAAGAACCUUAAGAGAGUAGCUAAAGAACUUGGUGAAAAUCUGACUGAUGAAGAACUCCAGGAAAUGAUUGAUGAAGCUGACCGGGAUGGAGAUGGUGAGAUAAAUGAGCAAGAGUUUUUAAGAAUCAUGAAGAAAACAAGUCUGUAUUGAAAAUAAAUUGUUUAACAGCAGAGGAUUUUUGUAUUUCGUUUUCUACAGUGGUAUUGUAUAUUUCAAGAAGUAGGAUGUUAUGCACCGAUAUAUGUAUAACAUACUGUAAGUAAGCAGUUUGUAGUUUAACUUGUGUCAUAGCAGUUUGUGCCUAUUAUAACUUGCACUGUGGUUUUUGUUUUUGACAUGUUUGUUUCCUCCAUAUGGAAAUUUCCAUAUUUCUCUUAAUACCAAAAUAUGUAUGAUAUUGGAUGAUGCACUGAAACCACAUUUUGCAACUAUUUAAAAAUUAAAUGUUUUAUUGCAGAA